GUAGCACUCUCAGCUGACGUGGAAUGAGCAGGACUCAGAUCAGGUCUGCUGGGAGUAUUUUGGUUUUUGCUUUGUUUGGACCUUUUGAAUGAGGUUUGCGACUGUAGUUUCUUGGUAAUAUGCUCGCACGAACUGUGCUGGUGCCUGCGAUCUUAGCAUCGCUGUGGCUAACAUGUUGCUUGAGAAUCGCCACAGCUGAGGACAGCACCACGAAAUGUGGAGCAUGCAAGAAAUUGGUUGAGGACUUUGCAAAGGGCAAGGAAAGAACGGCACGAGACAAUUUCGCUGGUGGUGAUGUUGCAUGGGAGGAAGAAAAACAACUCUCUUAUGCUACCAGUGAGACCCGACUGAUUGAGAUUAUGGAAGGCGUCUGCACCAAAGACCAUAAGUGCCAGUAUUUGAUUGAGGAGCAUGAGGAGCUUGUGGAAACCUGGUGGUUUGAAAACCAGAAGAAGCAUCCAGAUCUUCAGCUGUGGCUGUGCAUACAGAAUAUCAAAGUGUGCUGUCCGGAGGGCACCUUUGGCAAGAAGUGCGCAGAGUGCCCCGGUGGUUCCUCGACACCGUGCAGUGGCCAAGGCACCUGCGACGGCGCUGGUGAUCGUGCCGGCAAGGGAACGUGUUCCUGCAACUCCGGCUACGGCGGCAGGACGUGUGGAAAGUGCUCUGCUGGUUACUACGUCAACGCGUCCGAUACUGCCAGUGCCGAGGACACACCGAGCAGCAGUGUGCAAUGCUUGCGCUGCUCGUCUGCGUGCGAGAAAAACUGCACCGGUGCAACGCCCAGUGACUGUGAGGACUGUGCUGACGGCUACGAGGAGGAAGGUGGCACUUGCCUGGACCAGGAUGAGUGUCUGGAUGCUGACAAGGCGCCGUGCAAGAAUCGCCCGUCGACGUACUGCCGCAACACUGCCGGCAGUUACGAGUGCGCCGCCUGCGACACCGCAUGCAAGGACUCUUGCACCGGACGUGGAGCGGACAAGUGCAGCGAGUGUGCAUCCGGGUACCAGCGCGAUGACUCCACUCAAGCGUGCCAAGAUGUUGAUGAGUGCAAGGAUCACCAGUCACGCUGGUUGCCUCCACCUAGACCAGAGGAUCCGAACCAGCUCUACCCUGGUUGUAAUUUCACCACUUACUGCCACAAUACGAUAGGCAGCUUUGAAUGUCGCGAUUGCGAUUCUUCCUGUGAUGGCUGUAAGGGCAAUGGCAGAGACUCGUGCUUGAAGUGUGCUGGCGGUUAUGUCCUGCAGGACAGUAUGUGUUCAGAUGUGGAUGAGUGUAGCCAGGGAGAUGGCGUUUGCGAGGCCAGUGUGCAGGUCUGCGUGAAUACCGCUGGCUCAUUCCGCUGUGACUGCGCUCAGGGACAUGAGCUCGUCGCCGACAAGUGCCAGCCAGAGCCUGAACAGGCACCAGAUUAUGAUGACGACAGUGAUGAUGACGAUGAUUUUAGAGAGAAAGAUGAGCUAUAGUUUCAGGCACUCGCGACUCUGUGUCACACUGAAACACGCUCUCGCUCCCAGCCUGCAGUUUGCCGUGUCGAUGUAUGUGUAACACGAACGACAAACUGAGAUUGUUUAGUCCAGUAUAACACCGCAGCUCUCUCAAGCGGUGUUCUGAACCUGAGCACUUGUCCGCCGUCUUAAAAUGGUUAGUCUUGGCCGCCGAGGACUGAACUCAACACUAACCCGCUGAUCGCCCCCCUGCAGGUGGGACGAUGCCUUGCUAAGUAUUGCCUUGCUACUGUUGCUGGUGCUGAUCUAGAUGGGCAGCCAUUUUGAAUGAUGCUAUUGCCUGUUAUUUAUUUACACUAUAUUUCUUCAUCUGCUCCACAACCGAAAGAAGAAGAAAAAGCUAUUUUCCACAACUGUGAA